CCUUGAUCCUCAGCCAUGGCUUCCGCAAAGGGCCCGACGUCGGAUCUGAUGCAGACACUCGAAGACGGAGAGGAGAUUGAACCCGCCAAAGACAUCGAUGAGGAUCAGGUCGGCGUCAAGGUGGACCCCGUCGACGAAGGCGAGGCCUGCGUAGCCCCUGACCAGUUCGACGACAAGUACCAGUCGUCCCGCCUCGAGAUCUGGUCCUACUACUUCUACUACGUGGGCGAGAAUGGCCUGGGGCCGUUCAACUUUGGCCCGACGGCCUUUCAGAACCUCCUCUCGAUUGCGGCGGGCGAUGCCGACAGGGUUCUCUUCUUUGGUGCGCUACGUUCGACCAACUCGGCCGUAUUGCUGGCCAAUGGCGUGAGCUGUGCCAUCAACGUUGUCCUCUUCCUUCUCAUUGGCAGUCUGGCCGACUUUGGCACUUGGCGACCACUGAUCCUCAUCUUCUGGACCGUCGUCGGCUUUGCCCUCUCGAUGGCCUGGCUCGGUGUGCAAGACGCCAGUCACCUGGGAGCAGCCACGGCACUGUACAUCAUUGGUCUGAUUGCCUACCAGAUGUGCCUAAGCUUCUGGACGGCCGCCUUUCCCAGUCUGGCGAGAAAUACGGUGGAGAUGCGCGAGGGUGCCAGGGCCUUGACGCAGGGCGAGAUGACGCGCAAGGAGUACGACUGCCUGGACAUGAUGCAGCGCAACCGCAUCAGCAAUGUCGCCUUUGCCGUUCAGAGCGCCGGUGAGCUCGUCGUCCUGGCCAUCAUUGUCGGCAUCAUGUUUGCCGUCGAUGUCGAUGCGAGCCAGGCAAACAACAACCGGGGCCUGAGCAUACUAAUUGCAUUCACCGGUGCCGUCUGGCUUCUCUGCGCCAUUCCCUGGUUCGUCGUCGAAAAGUACCGGCCGGGCCAGCCGCUUCCGCCCAACACAAACAUCUUCAGUGCUGGGUUAAAGCAGAUCACGACGGCAUUGCGGGAGAUCUGGAAGCUCAAGCAGAGCCUGCUCUACCUUGUCGGCUACUUUGUCCUCAGCGAUGCAUUGGCGACGACAGUCACCGUCAUUGGCACGCUGCAAAACACCGUCUCGGAGUUCAACACCCUGACACUCACCUACCUCCUCAUCGUCGGUAUCGCUGCUCAGUUCAUCGGCAUCUCGUCCUUUUGGCUGGUCCAACGCCGCUUUCAGCUGUCGACAAAGGUCAUGCUCAACGUAGUCAUGGUCGCCAUCGUCCUCCUCGAUGGAUGGGGCAUGAUCGGCAUCUGGACGCAGCGCUUCGGCUUCAAGAGAGUCUACGAAUUCUACCUCUACCAGGCCCUCUACGGCCUCUUUGUCUGCCCCUGGUACAGUUACAGCCUCGUCAUGGUCAGCGAAAUCACGCCCCGUGGCAGGGAGUUCCUCUUCUUUUCCCUCUUUGGCAUCGUCGGCAAGACGUCGGCCUUUAUUGGGCCCAUUUGCUCCUCCGCGAUCAUCGACGCCAGUUCAUCGGGAAACAAAAAUCUCCCAUUCUAUUUUCUUUUUGGCCUCAGCAGUCUCAGUCUCAUUGUGCUCUCACUGUCCUUGGAUCUAGAAAGAAGUCGUCGGGAGCAAGCCGACUUCCUCAAGGCCCAAAACGAUAAACUCAGCUUGUAGCAUCAGCCUCGUCACCUUGUAUGUACUUCAUCCG